AUGGCUGCCCACGACGAAAAAACCGCGGUCACCGUCUCCACCGCACCGACCGCGGCAGCUCUCGACAUCGAGCAUGCAACAGUGAUCGACGAUCCUCGCGCGUGGUCGAACGCCCGGAAGCUCGUCGUCCUCGCCACUGUCUCCACUGCGAGCAUGAUCGCUGGUUUGGGAGCGAACAUCUACAACCCCUCCAUUUCCCAGAUCGAGGAGCAACUGCAUGCAUCCAGUGGCGAGAUCGCCCUCAGCCUCUCGCUUUUCAUCGUCCUCCAAGGCGCCAUUCCGCUCCUAUGGAGUGCCCUUAGCGAAUUCUGGGGCCGCAAGAAAGUAUAUUUACUCUCCACCCUGCUUGCCAUGGUUGGCUGCAUCGUCGGCGCCAAUUCCAAAACCAUCGGUGUUCUUAUUGGCAUGCGAUGCUUUCAGGCCGUCGGCUCGAGCGCGGUCAUAGCACUCGGCGCAGCGACACUCGCCGACAUCUACGACCCAGUCCAGCGCGGGACGAUGAUGGGCGUGUACUACAGCGCCCCGCUCCUAGGCCCAUCCCUCGGCCCAAUCCUCGGCGGCGUGCUCACGCAAGCCUUCUCCUGGCGCGCGACCUUUUGGUUUCUCGGGGUCUUCGUAUUUCUCUGUUUCCUCUCCUUCAUCCCCUUCAAGGACACCUUCCGCCGCGAGCGAAGCCUUACCUACCAGGCUGCGCUCCGCCGUCGCCGCGCUCUCCUCUCCACCAAGGGCUCUGAGGUUUCGAGCCUCUCCCAGGUUACCGCUGUAUCGCGCGUUGUACCCACUCCUAUCCCCACUAUCGGGAGCGCGACGGACGAGGCGCCGGACGCGAUCGCGGAAAUCGCGCGGGGCAUAGACGUCGAAAAGCAGCAGCACGUCCCGAGCCCUACGAUCACCCCUCCACUGGACAACAUCAAGCUCUCUCUUGCCGACGUCAACCCUGUCAAACCUGUGCUGCUCGUUCUGAGGCGCUUGAACAACCUAACCAUCCUCACGGCCUCAGGGCUUAUCUUCGGCUUGAGCUAUAGUAUUUCCUACACAUGUUCACGAACACUCGCCAACAAGUACGGAUACAACGCCUUGCAAAUCGGACUCGUCCUGUUGCCCUUCGGUGUGGGCUCACUGGUGGGCAGCGUCGUCGGCGGCCGCUACUCUGAUCGCGUCCUGCGAAAGCUCAAAGCAGAAAACGGUGGCACGAGCAACGCCGAGAUGCGUCUCGCGAGCACACUCAUUUUUAUGCCGUUCCUCCCGCUCUCCGUGAUCGCGUACGGCUGGGUGUGCGAACAGCACGUCCACGUCGCUGCGAUCUGUGUUUUCCUCUUCUUGAGCGGCCUCUUCUCCAUUGCGAUGUACACGAGCACGCUAGCCUACAUCGUGGACGCCAACACGGGUCGUUCCUCCUCUGCAGUCGCCGUCAACAGCUUCUUCCGCGGGCUUGCCGCAUUCGUGGCGACCGAGGUCGCUGUGCCGCUCCAGAACGCGAUCGGUGACGGAGGCCUCUACUCGCUCUGGGCAGGCCUUAUGAUCCUCAGCGACGUCUUCCUUCUGCUCGUGUGGUGGAAGGGCGGCGUGUGGCGGGGAAAAUGGGAGCUCAAGGAGCGCAGCAAGACAUGA